GCCACCGGGACUGCGAGCCGCUACCAUGGGCGAGGUGACGCUGGACUUCCUCCAGGACAUAUUGAAAGACGACUUUCCUGAUGUCACCAUUACGAAUUUUGAGGGAGCGCCAGGGACCAAGCGCGGCGACAACUACACCUCUGUUCUCUACCGAAUCUCCUUGAAAGGCACCGAACGGCACUCAGACGGGACCACCGCCUCCGACGAGCCCUGGCAGGGGUCCAUCAUCUACAAGUGCCUCCCUGAAAGCGCCCUCCUCCGGGACGCCUUUAAAAGCGACGAAUUAUUCUGCAACGAGGUCGCAUUCUACAACAAAAUCUGGCCAGCACUGUCCAACUUCCAAAAGCAAUGGCCCAACCUUAAAGUACCUUUCAAAGCCAUACCAAAGUGCUACCUAGCCCAAAGCGACAUCGUAGUCCUGAAGGACUUGAAACAGCAAGGGUUUGUCAUGCCAGACAGAAGGCAGGGGCUGAGCAUAGAGCAGAGCUAUCUGGUGCUGAAGAAUCUGUCACAUUUCCACGCCUUGUCAUUGGCAAUGAAAUGUCACAGCCCUGAAGAUUUUUACGAGCUGGUGAAUGUGAAGGAUGGGAUUUCUGAAGUGUUCUUCGUGUCAGAAAACGAGGAGUAUUACAAGAACUACUACAGGGAGGCGGCGAGGAAUGCCCUCGAGAUGGUCGAAGAGGAAUUGCAGGACACGGAAAACAAAGACAAAUACAUCGACAAAUUCCGCGACUUCUGCAAGGAGGAUACGUUCUUCACGACCAUGGUGGACCUGGUCACGCCCAAGGAGCCUCUGGCGGUCAUCUGCCACGGCGACUGCUGGACCAACAACUUCUUGUUCCGUUAUGCGGACGGAGAUAUUGCUGAGAUGUGCAUAGUAGACUUCCAGCUGGCGCGCUACGCGAGCCCAGCGCUGGACCUGAUCUACAUUAUGUACGUGUGCCUGGAGCGGCAGCAGCGGGCCGAGCACCUGUCCUCUCUGCUGGACUACUACGUGGAGGAAAUGCACGCUCGGCUGCUGGAGAUGAGCGAGGAGGGAUCCGUGUUCCAUACGAGUCUGAAUAGGGACGUGCUGUUUGAUAUGGUGCAGCAAGAGUUCCGGCGCUGCGGGCGCUUCGGGCUGGGCGUGGCGUUAGACAUGUACCCCAUCAUGACCUGCGACAGCACCGAGGCGCCCAACCUCUACCAGGCCAACGACUCGGAGGCGUGUUGGAAACCAGUCUGGACCUCAAACGAAGCUUGCAGAAGGAAAAUGACAGAUUUAAUUGUAGAACUAGUCGAUGGGGAUAUGUUGUAAAUUAUUAUUUACGAAACAAAAUCUCGACAAAAAUGUUUUUUCAGAGAUACGGUUACGUAGACAAGAUAAA